AUGGUUGUUGGUGAGACUAAAGUUUGUGGUGAAAGAGCUAAUAGGAUCUCAGGAAGAAUAAAUCUAGAUAGGGCUAUUUUUGCGAAUUCCAUUGGCCUAUCUGGAGGGUUGUGGAUUCUCUGGGAUUCUGACCAAGUUGAAAUUUUGGAAGUAGCAUCCAUUGAGCAAGAAAUCCACGUGAUUGUUAAUUCCUCUUCAAGACCCCCCUGGCUCCUCUCAGCAAUUUAUGCCAGUCCUGGCUUUGCCAAAAGAUGGCUGCUGUGGGAGAAUCUGGAAUCUGUGGCAAACCUUUACUCAAUGCCAUGGGUUAUAGUAGGUGACUUCAAUGAAGUGCUCAUGGGGGAGGAUAAGUUUAGAGCUAUCCAGCAUUUGGAAAAAACCCACUCAGAUCACUGCCCAAUUAAAUUGUGCUUUGAGAAAAUUGGUGGGGUUCAGCUCCCCAGGCCUUUCCGUUUCCAACCUAUGUGGCUUUCGCACCUAACUUUCCCGGAAGUUGUCCGAGAUGCCUGGACAAAUUCUGCCUCCCUUCAUCAAGCAGUGUCUAACUUCUCUUCCAAGGAAAUCAGCUGGAACAAAAGCCAAUUUGGCAACCUGUUUCAGAGAAAAAACAGAAUUCUGGCCAGACUUAAAGGAAUUCAAAAUUGCUUGUCUCUAAGACUUAACUCGUUCUUAAUUGAAUUAGAAGGUAAGCUUAGAUUGGAAUACGCGGAAGUGGCAAAACUCGAAGAGGAGUUCUGGGCUAUGAAAGUUCGUAUUCUUUGGCUGGUUGAGGGAGAUAGAAAUACCUUCUUUUACCACACCUCAACUCUUGUGCACUGCAAGCGGAACCGUAUCUUAUGUAUGAAGGAUAGAAUGGGUAAUUGGCUAAAUGGGGAAAGGGAGAUUGCAGGUUUUAUCAGACAGGGUUUCUUGGACCUCUUCACCUCAGGCCACACCAGUGCUCCCUUGGCUGCCUGGGACCCCCCUGCUUGGAACAACCAUCUCAAUGAUGAAGCCUUAGGUAUCUUAGAAUCCCCGGUCACAAACAAAGAGAUAUCCGAGGGUCUUUGGGCUCUCAAACCCUUUAAAGCCCCUGGCCCAGACGGUCUUCAUGCAGGUUUCUUUCACCAUUUUUGUCUGGUUGUGGUGAAUCUGAGGAAGGAGGUUAAAAACAUUUUUAAUUCAGGGGUAGUUCCAGAUUAUCUGUAUUAG